AUGGACUCGGACUCGGCCGAGCUCAGCGAAGGCGAGCUGGUCUCGCCCGCAGGUCCUGAUUAUUUCAGCUCCAAGAAUCUUGCACUGCAAGCCCAGAAAAAGAUCCUGAGUAAAAUGGCAACCAAAACCAUGGCCAACAUGCUAAUCGAUGACACCAGCAGUGAAAUCUUCGAUGAGCUGUACAAAGUAACAAAGGAACACACCAGAAACAAAAAAGAAGCCCAUAAAAUCAUGAAAGACCUGAUCAAAGUGGCAAUAAAAAUCGGAAUCCUCUAUCGAAAUAAUCAGUUCAACCAGGAAGAGCUGGAGAUCGUAGACAAGUUCAGGAAGAAGCUGAACCAAACUGCCAUGACAAUAGUCAGCUUCUACGAGGUGGAAUACACUUUUGACAGGAAUGUGCUUGCAGAACUGCUGAAUGAGUGCAAAGAGCUCGUGCAUGAACUCGUAGGGCGGCACCUGACAGCGCGGUCCCACGGGCGCAUCAACCACGUCUUCAACCACUUUGCAGAUGUGGAGUUUCUGUCUGCCCUGUACAGCCUGGACGGGGAUUGUCGGCCAUACCUCAAAAAGAUCUGCAAUGGCAUCAACAAACUACUUGAUGAGAAGGUUCUUUGA